AUGCAUUUCUCCACCGUUGGAAUCGUUGCACUCCUUUGUGCUAGUGCAAAGGCUUGGGAAGUUACGGCCUAUGACAACGUCGCCAACUGCGACGCCAACGACAACACUCGUUACCGCAUCGUUUCUGGAGCGAGUAACAACGAAAGAUGUUACACCUUCGACUGGGAUAUGCCGGGCACUUCUUGCACUGAGUUCCAGAGAGGUGGCGCCUCGAAGGGAGGUUGCGUUUCGGGGUCGCUCCUUCCGCGGUCAGUUGUGUUCAAGGGCGGCGCUUGUUCUGCCUUCAACGAGGUUAACUGCCAGGGUUCCAAGUCAUCGCACACUGGCGAGAUGAAUGGCAGAUUCGGUUGCUCCAGCUUGGAGAGGUAUGGCUGGGGCCCUAUUCGAUCCUUCAGGUGCCGUGGUUGUAAAAAGGAGGUUUCGGAAGCUUCAUGGGAGGUUUUCCCCCACAUAAGCGACCUAAACAGUCUAAUAUCAAGUGGAAGCAAAAAGAGUAUACUGUAG